AUGGCCGUUCCAGCAGACGUCACUAUCAAGAACCUUAGCGGUGAAUGGGCAAUGGAGUCCGCUUUGUCCAGCCCGACAGACCCUGUUCUCGCUCUGCAAGGAAUGGGUUGGAUCACGCGCAAGGCUCUCUCCCUCGCCAAAGUGACCAUCUACAUCCACCAGUACCCAGACAGCGAAAAACCUGAGAUCUUCCAUGUCGACGGCCAGUCUGUUCUCACUGGUGGAAUCCAGGGCACUAAGGAAUCUCGUACUCUUGACUGGCAACAGCGAGAGCACACCGACCACAUCUUUGGCAAGUUGGUCGGCCAAUCGCGCCACUUCGCCAAGAUCGAGGAUCUUGACAUCCAAUCCUCCGUCGGCAAACCCGAGGAUGAUGCGCGAGUCGCCAAGUUCCUGAAGGGUGAGACGUUGGUCGACGGAUCGAAGAGCGAUGGUUUCCUCGAAGAGGAGGCUUUCAUGCAGAGCUUUGUGCAGAAUGCCGAAGCUGGCUGGACUGCUGAGCAAGUCUGGGGCUUUGAGAUCAUUGAUGGUCAGAGACUCCACACUCGCCGUGUUGUGGUGACGAAGAAUGGCCAGGUCGAGCUGGCCAGACUUGUUUACACUUUCCAGGCUCGUCGGGUUGAAGAAUAG